AUGAGUCAUUUCCACCGUCAUGAUGUGCACGAGACACCACCACGACCACGUUCAGCGAAGAGAAAUCCAUCGCACAAGACUUCUCGAGAUUUUUCUGAAUUAAACUUCUCCCCAAGUAAACUUCGAGCUCAUCUGGACCGCAAGUCAAACCACGAUAGUGAUCAGAGUUUAUUGGAGAUGUUGAACUCGACGGUGGCAUGUUUGAAGCAGAAAAAAAUGGAUUUGGAGGCCCUGGGAUGCCUAGAGCAAAGUUUGUGGCUAAAGCGACGCAUGUUCGGUGUGGAUAGUUCAGCGGUUUAUAAAGCACUGAACGAGGUCAUGUUAAGUUACAAUUCCGUUGCCAUGCAGUACCUCGCACAAGGACAAUUUGAUCAGUGUUUAGCUAUGUUACGGAAGGCUGAGGCUAUCGUGGCACCGGGAAACUUUAAGCGAUGCCAGGCUUUGCAGAUUCUAACAUUUAACAACAUUGGCUGUUGCUAUCGGAAGCUAGGCAAGUUGAAAUCUGCGCUAAAAUAUCUGAAAGAGGCUGCUCAGAUCGGAUCUGGGUCAGCCCACGUGAAAAAUCUAUCCAUUACCCACCUCAACUUAUGCGCGAUUCAGUCUCAACUUGGCCGACACGAUCUGGCACUGGAACACGCACAAGCUGCGAUUUUCCAUACCCAAGAAGAGCUCGUGAGUCUCGAAGAUGGGGCUCGAGACGAAGACGAUAGAGAUCAGGAUGCAUUAGAUCCGAAGACUCGUGAAGAGAAGAUUAUCUCACUCGCUGUAGCGUACCACAACUUGGCAGUGGAGCUGGAAUUUAAUGGACGAGGUGAAGCGAGUUUGCAAUGGUACAAGAAAGCUCUGCAGCUGGUGUGGAAAUACAAAGAGACCAACGAAGCACUGUGCGAAUCUUUCAAGAAGAUUUUCCUGGAUGCCAAGAAGAAACAGCAAACUGCGAAUAUCCGACAGAACGGGAUUCCGACUACAGUAAAUAAUGGAAGACGUCCG